AUGGACGCUUCAGCAGAGUUGCCUUUCUGGGCCAAUCGCGUGCCAGAUGUCGCGUGCUUCGUGUUGUGCGAUGACCUCGUCGACGAGCAGCGUGCCCGGGCGUGUUUUGGCGGCUCUCUGCGGCGGUUCCGUUUGGGGAGCGUGCCCGACCAUGCCAGAGCAUUUUGCUUCGCAAGCUGGACCUGCGCGGCAGCUGGCGAGGGGGCCCUGGAAACGGGCGAGGUGGCACUGCCGGCACUCUUUCCAUGCAGCGGUGCGUCGGCGCGUGGCGUGGCCAUCGUGGACGUGGUCGCCGACGGUACAAGUUGGGCGCGUUUCUUCCUCGGCGAACCUGGUUUCAAGCUUGAGGAGGUGCCGUUCGAGGCUGAGGAUGGCCAAUGUGGCAUGGCCACUGCGCGGCUGGCGCACUCCAGCGACGAAGAGGCGCGCGAGCAGGAGGGUGGAGACGACAACUGGUUCAUGUCUAUGUGGGCGGAUCGCCUGUGGUUCCAAGCAACGUUGCAGACGCUGUUGCUGCCAGAGGGCCGACGGCCAGAGGCUGAGCUGCUGCAGCCGCUUCGAGAGCUUCAAGAAAUUCCUUCUCCCGGGGUCAAGCUCACGCGAUGCGACGGCUGCGGCCAGGACUUCGCUUCUGCCCACUUAUGGCGGUGCCACGUGGAGCAUGAGGGAUGCCCUGACAGCAUGUUUUUCCCAAUGGAGGUGGAGGCCACGAGGCCAGAGCCGAUGCGGCUUUCCGCUUCGGCGCGGGCGAUCUUGCCAGCGCCAAUGGUGCUCAGGCGCACGGUGUCAGCGCUGCGCAGGCGAGGUGAAGCGCUGGUGGCAGAGGUGCUGGACACCUCGCUGCUCAUGGACCGGCAGACAUCUCUGCGCGCGUACCUGGAUGCGAACCCUGCCUUGAGCGCCUUCGUGCUGGGGGGCCAGGAGCCCAACUCUGCGGAGCUGUGUCGCUGGGACUUCUGCCCGCUGCUGCGCGCCGGGCCGCUCGAGAUCCACCGAGGCAGCGAGGCCCGCCCGCACGCGAUCCGCCGCUCUCUGCUGCAGCAGGGAUCCUCUGCUCGCGAGGCGGCCCAGGCCUCGGCGGCAGGCUGCCGCACGCUGGAUGCGGCGGUGGAGUACCUCCAGGCGCGGAGGAAAGCUGCGUGGCUGGCCGCGCCGCGCGUCGCAGGAUGGAGCGACCAGGCAUCGCGCGUCUGCGUGGCGUUCGAGGCGCGCCUCGACGCUCACUGCUGCGACUGGCCCCCGGGCACGCCUGGGCGAGCCGUGAUGCGCCUGGAGGGCCCCCAGAGGACGCACACGGCGCUCGAGCAGCUCUGGCGUGCAGGCCUGCUGCAGCGCUGCUGCUCCCUGGGGAGGCCACGGAUGGCUACCGAGGCUGAGCUGGUGGCUGUGCACUCUCCCUCGCAUGUCUCAGAGUUGCUGGCGGCUGCGGCAGAGGGCCGCGCGCCAAGGGGGGUUCCGUCUUCAUGCGAUCUGGGCGACGACAAAGCGCCUCUCACAGAUGUUUACGUUAACCAGCACACGGCAGCUGCAGCGUUGCUGUGCGCUGGCAUGCACGCGGAGGUGGUUGCGCGCGUCGUGCAACGGGAGUUGGAUUUCGCCAUGUGCCUCACGCGACCGCCUGGGCACCAUGCUGGCGGGGCCACCGGCACCUUCAGUGGCGGGUGUUUCGUCAACAACGUUUCGGUCGCGGCGCGGGUGGCGCUCGCUUCAGGCAUUGAGCGCGUGCUCAUAGUAGAUUGGGAUGUGCACCACGGCGAUGGCACGCAGCAGAUAUUCUAUGAUGACCCUAGCGUCCUGACGAUUCAGCAGGGGGUGGCAGAUCUCCUUGCACCGCUUCGAGCACGCGCCGCGGGAGUUCUACCCGAGCGCGGGAUUGCCAGGCCACUGCGGCAGCGGCAGCGGCUCCGGUUACAACGUGAAUUUGGCGUUCGUUUACGCCGCCGAAGGCUAUGGCGACGCUGA